AUGAAGGUGUCUGCCGUUCUCUCCACCUUGAUGGUAGCCGGGCUCGUGUCCGCCGCUCCUCCGGCCCCUCACCCAAAUGGCCUUCAACACCACGGGUUGCAGGGUCCCGCCGAUGUUGCCUUGCCGCAUGACAAGCGUGGCGAUGUCCCUCCUCAGUUCCCCCCUCCUCCCAAGGAUGACCACCACAAGCGCGGCGAAAUUCCUCCUCCCCCGAAGGACCCUAAGAACCCGCCUAAGGAUGACCACCACAAGCGUGGUGAUGUCCCUCCCCCGAAGGACCUGAAGGACCUUCCCCCGAAGGACGACCACGACCACCACAAGCGUGGUGAUGUCCCUCCUCCCCCGAAGGACCCCAAGAACCCGCCUAAGGAUGACCACCACAAGCGUGGUGAUGUCCCUCCCCCGAAGGACCUGAAGGACCUUCCCCCGAAGGACGACCACGACCACCACAAGCGUGGUGAUGUCCCUCCUCCCCCGAAGGACCCCAAGAACCCGCCUAAGGAUGACCACCACAAGCGUGGCGAUGUCCCCCCUCCCAAGGACCUCAAGUACGCCCCCAAGCCUAAGCCCGCUCACAACUAA